GCCGAAGUUGGGUGGCAAAAGAGGGUCCCAGCCUAGGCAGCAGCACUAGGCAGAGGGGUAGGGCGGAAGAGACCUCCGGAAGACUGCGCAGGCUCUGGAAAGGAGCCGUCCAGGCAUGCAAGCAACCAUGAUGGCCCAGAUGGCAUCAGCAGCCUCCUUCCUCAUCCUGCUGUUUCUCCCGCUGAAAUCCUGCCUGCCUUCAGAGUGGCCACGGCCAACUGUGCCACAUUUCCUUCCCAUCCGUGGCCAGAGUUGGGAGCAGUGGCUGAGCCGAUCAGAGUGGGAGGACAAGCGCUCAGCACCUCCAGUCGGCCUGGAUGAGGGACUUUUCCAAGACCAAAGACCCAGCCAGUCCUGCAAGCCAUCAGGGUCCACAUUGAUCCUUCAGAGGGAGAGAGGGGAGCGAUCGGCUUCUUCCAGCAAAAGACGCGACGGCCGCCCUAACUCCCUGGACUUGACCUUUCACCUUCUCCGAGAGUUCCUGGAGAUGUCCCGGGAAGAGAGACUUGCCCAGAAGGCCCGUAGUAACAAAAUCCUUCUGCAUAAUAUAGGCAAAUGAGGGGGGGUGCAGGGGGCAGGGGAAGGAGCUGUUUUUUAAUUGUAAAGUUUACCCUUUAUUCUUGUGCAGUCGGUGGGAGAGCUUGUUGUGUGAUACAUCUUAAUCUUGUGUCCGACGUAAGGUCUCCCUCCAGAGAACAGUUUUUUAAACUAUCCCUUUGGAGCAGCACCUGUUAAAUGCCUCUGCCCGGUGAUGCAAGGGAACAUGGUUUGCUAGAACUCCUGUCAGGUUUGCUUGUUCAUUCGUCCAUUCAUUCAUUCGAUCAUUCGAUCAUUCAUUCAUUCAUUCAUUCAUUCAUUCAUUCAAUAGCAGUGCCACUCAGCCACCUAUCCCUUUACAGAGGAAUGUUAAGGCAGGCAGGAUUCUCAAACCUGGUUCCCAGAUGUUGGAGUAUAACUCCCAUCAGCCCCAGCGACAGGGGACAUUGUGGCUGGGGAUGAUGGGAACUGUAGUCAGACAUCUGCGGAGCCAGGUUUGAGAACCCCUACCAUAAAGGAUUUUCUGGCAUUCCAGCACUGUCCUUUUUUACUGCACAGGUCUGCUCAUUGGCAACCAGAAGUGUUUCUGCUUCUGAGCCUCACAAUCCACAUGGCAGGCUUCAUUUUACAUAGAUGAUCUACAUAAGAAAUCAAGGCAGCAGCUGUUGUCCCACAAUCUAAGAUGUGAAUUAUCAAGAGAGGAUAGCAUUGCCAGCUGACCAAGUAAACCAGUCUAGUCUGCUCCUGUGCUUUUGACAGCAGGUUGGUGUGCAAAAAUCACAAAAUGAAGCUUGUUACAGCAGGGAAAUAGCAAAUAUCUGUAGAUUAAGCUGCCGUUAAAAGGCAGAGUAGCUGGUGCUGAUGAAUAAGUUGGCAACCCAGGCACAGGGUGCCCCCUGUCAUAGCAUUACAUGUUCAUCAUCCUCCAAGGAUCUCGGGACAGUAUAGAUGGUUCUCCCCUAUUUUUUUUUAUCCUCCCCUAUACUUUUAUCCUCACAACAAACCUAUGUUGAAAUAUAGUGACUGUUCCAAGGUGGUAAUGUGGGGAUUUGAACCCAGGUCUCUCUGGUCAAAGUCCAACACUCUAGCCACCACACCCCACAAACUCUUGUAUCUUCAUCUCUUCAUUUUCAGGGACACUCUCCCAAGCUUCUAGUUAGGCAUUACAAUAUACAAACAUGCCCUGUGCUGGAACGGAAAAUCCACAGUGACCUUGCAAAAAGCAUCUAAAACUGCCUGUUUGUAACUCUUCUUUUAAAAAGGGAAAUGUGGGUUUUCAGUUUCGACACAACGGCCUUGGGGGGGGAGCUUUAAACGCUUCUUGUGGCUGGCAACCAGUCGAGAAGCAGAGGCCCUUAGAUGGCCCUAAGUGUUGUGAGCCAUCACUGAGCCUGUGACUGAAUGAUCCCGCCAGAAAUGUACAGCUUCCGUACGUCUCGUUCUUGGAUGCUGCUGUACACAAGCCUUGUAUUUCUUCUCCUGCUUUGAGUGCACAGAGUGUGAGCCUCGCAAUUUGUGUGUGUGUGUUUUAGAAUGUGUCAACUGUGUCACGGCUUUCCUUACCAAUGUCUGUUUUGCAACAGUUGAGUCCACCUGGUCCAGAUGUGAACCGAUUAGUUUAAUUGCGUACAGAUGUUUGCUGUCACUCUCCAGUGGAUCAAAGCAACCGGCAAACUUGACAAUGUAAGCUGCAGUGUUCUGAAUAAACUUUAUUUUAAUAAGUC